AGAGAGAGGUAGGGAGAGCAAGAGAGAGAGAGAGAGAGAGCGAGAGAGAGAUCAUUCCAGAGAUAGUGACGGACAGAGCGCUCACUCUGUGCUCCUAACUAUUAUUACUCCAGAGCGUGCAGAGGAUGUGUCGCAACGCCGUCAGAGGAUUCUGAAGAGACACCUGGGAUUUUUGUUUUCAUCGCUAACACUAAAGGACAAAAUAAAUAUCACAUUUGGGAAAUCAGCUGAGUGACAAUGCCCGAGGAGAAAGUGUUUCAGCAGCAGGCGGUCCACAGCCCUCUGGAGCAGCAGAAGCAGAAGCAAAAGUCGGGCGGAGGCGGCGGCGGAGGAGGAGGGCCGAUCCCCUGUCAGAACUGUGGGAAGCCCUGCAAAGGGGAGGCGCUCCGGGUCCAGAACAAACACUUCCACAUCAAGUGCUUCGUCUGUAAAGUAUGUGGUGUGGACCUGGCCCAGGGAGGCUUCUUCGUGCGGCAGGGUGACUACAUCUGUACUCUGGACUACCAGCGGAUGUACGGCACUCGCUGCUUCAGCUGCCAGGACUUCAUUGAGGGGGAGGUUGUGUCAGCCCUCGGCAAGACCUACCACCCCCGCUGCUUCGUCUGCGCCUCCUGCAAACAGCCGUUUCCAGCCGGCGACCGAGUGACAUUUAACGGGAAGGAGUGUAUCUGCCAAAAGUGUACCCAGCCUCUGCCUGCCAACAGCCCUGCACCCAUUCAGGCUGUGCACAACUGCUGCGGCUGUGGGAAGGAGUUCAAGAACGAGCAGUCUCUGGUGGCGCUGGACAAACACUGGCACCUGGGCUGCUUUAAAUGCAAAGUCUGCAACAAGGUGCUCAAUGCCGAGUACAUCAGCAAGGAUGGGAUCCCCUUCUGUGAGAUGGACUACCACGCCAUGUUCGGCAUCCAGUGUGAGAGCUGCAAGAAGUACAUCACUGGAAAAGUUUUGGAGGCUGGAGAGAAGCACUACCACCCAACGUGCGCCCGCUGUGCCCGCUGUGAGCAGAUGUUUGCAGAGGGAGAGGAAAUGUACUUGCAAGGAUCUUCUAUCUGGCAUCCUCCAUGCAGACAAGCAGCCAAACAGGAGGAGAAGAGCAAGAAGCAGGUCCGGAUACAGCUCAAUGACGUCCCUGAGCAGCAGGUGACCAGGACUUCAUCCGAGAGCAUCACUUCAGUCCCAGCCUCCAGCGCCUCGGGCUCCCCCAGCAGAGUCAUCUAUGCCAAGCUUGGAGAGGAGAUGCUGGACUACAAGGACCUGGCAGCUCUUCCAAAGACUAAGGCCAUCUACAACAUUGACAGACCUGACAUGCUGUCCUACUCUCCGUACGUCAGCUACCCGUCUGAGGAGAGGCACUACGGAGAGUCCCCCCAGCUGAUUUCUCCUACUCCCACUGAGGGUGACGGUGAGAAGUCGCCCCGUCAGCGGAGGCCCUCCAGCCCCAGCUCCAAUAGCUCCAUGGGUGGUUACGGACGUUACACCCCGUCACGUUCGCCCCAGAACUACAGCCGACCAGGCUUCAAACAGGACCCCUUACCUGACCCCAAAUCUAGGACCUCCCUGCAUCUCAGUUUACCUCCUCCUAACGGUAGUGAAAGUGGUCGGAGUACCCCCAGCUUAUCCACCUAUUCUGAUGGCAAAUCCCCUUCCUCUACUUCUACAUACAUGGCUGCUCCCCGGCACUUCCACAUACCAGAGACUAUGGUCAAAGAUAAUAUCUAUAGAAAACCCCCCAUCUACCGACAGCAUGCUUCUAGAACAUCCUGGCAGGAUGGGGAGGAUAGCAAGAGGACCAGUUGGAUGAUCUUGAAGAGUGAAAUUGACGGACACAUGGGUCCAGAAGAUCUAGACCCCAGCAAAUCCACACAUAGUCUGCCGACUGAUACCUCCCAGCCCAAUUUCCCCUACAAUAAAUCUGCAUCUCUACCCGGAUAUGGAAGGAAUGGCAUCUACAAGGCUGCUGAGAUGGUGGAGGAUGAAGUGGACCCAGACUCCCACAGCUGGGGCGGCAUGAGAGAAUACAAGAUCUACCCGUACGAGAUCCUGGCAGUGACGCAUAGAGUGAAAGUGAAGCUUCCCAGAGACGUCGACCGGACCAGACUGGAGAGACACCUAUCUCAGGACUUCCAGCGGGUUUUCGGGAUGACCCUGGAUCAGUUCGACCGGAUGGCCCUGUGGAAGAAGAACGACAUGAAGAAGAAGGCCCGCCUUUUUUAAGACCGGAACACAAAAGCAAUGUCUCAACUCAGCAUCCGAGCCGUCUGGAAAAAAAACAACAACAACAACAACAAAAAAAAACAACCCAUCUGAAAUAUCUAUAUAUGCACCGCCAUGAUACCCUUACUGUCCACCUGUAAAACGCCAUGCCAUCUUGCCUGUGACACCGCGGAGUGAGAGAAGGGCUCUGCGCUGCGCUGGGACAUUUUCACGACGUUGAGGCAGCAUUUAUCGCUUUUUGUAUGCAAUGUGGUCCGAAUGUCUGACUGAAAACCUUUGACAGAAGAGGACGAGGAGCUGCGUUUGCAUGGCCUGUGUUGAUGCUCCUCGCCUCACCUGGUUUCUGCAUCCUCCCCCCUCGACCGCCCGACCUCCAGACGCUUUCAGACAUACAGCCCUGCAAACAACAACAACAGCUUUUUCUAUUUGUCAUGCAGGAAUCUUCCAGGUUCAGUGGUUCUGACUGUUUAAUGUGAUCCUUCCUCUAUCAUCGUGUCUGUCUCGACAAAUCAUCGAAUCGUCCCUUUGCUGCUCUCUCUCUCUCUCUAUCUCUCUCUCUCUCUCUCUCUCUCUCUCUCUCUCUCUCUCUCUCUCUGCUCUCACUGUUACAUCUUCAGGUCGAUUCGAGAAUAACGAGGCGACUCCAGCUACUCCGAUCAAAGAUAUCAAACGACGCACCUUACCACACGCUUUUCUUUUCAUUUCUCUUUUCACUCAGAGAGGUGGAGAAAGACAGGUCGGGUAGUUUUGAUAAUAUGCGUGCCCUGAUGUGUUUGACUGCAGUCCCAUUAUCUUACAUAAGCAUCUCGUAAAUCCGUACAGAAAGAGAAAAGAGAGCCAGGAUCAGGCCGUAAAUCACAGCCGAGCGGAGAAGACGAGGGCUUCAUAAAAGCAGAACGCAGCGAGUACACAGGUGUCAAACAUGCAGCAUUGGCAGAAUGACGCGCGCUCACAUCGAAAUCAAACAAAAUAAAUUAUUUUUAUAAGCUAUUUUUGACUUCUGGGAAGCAUCGUUCAAACCACGCAGCUCAUGAUUUUUGUUACCAGACGUAAAAAUAAAAUAAAAAAAACACGCUGACUCUGUUUGUGACGCUUCCUGCAGCAGCAUUUAAGCUAAACCAAGUACUCGGUUUCAGACGCUCUACCUGUGUUAUAUCCUCUCAGAGCGAGCUCGCACUCUUUAUAUGUUUGUCGUUUGACAGCUUUGUUGCAUACAGUUAAAAACAAAAAAGAAGAAGAAGCUGCGGUCUGUCGGCUUUGCUCAAUGAUUUCCGGACUGCAAACUGAUCGAACAUACCGUGAGAUGUAUGUGAACAUAUACUGGACUUAUACCAGAUCUGUCUGUCUGUAUUCAAGCCAUGGUGUAUAACUCUUCAGGCGUGCAUGAGGGCGGGAACACGGGCUUUGUCUCGCUGGUUAGAAAUGUAUGAAAACAUUACGAUGUGGUUUGAGUGAUUUUUUUAAAACGCCCCGGUCAGCUGCUUCCAUUCGCUUGUGUUAGGUAUUUAUUUCAUUAUGAAGGACGGGAUUUUAUGGUUGUAGUGUCAAAGUGCAGAAGAAGAAGAAGAAGAAGAAGAAGAGAAACAUAUCAUUUUGAGUUGAAUCGGAGUGUCCAAUCCUUUUUUUGUUUUGCUCUUGUAAGUAACACACUAACUGUUGUCAUAAAAAAAAAAACUGUCAUGUCUUCUUUCUAAUAUUCAUCUGCUAUUAAAGUGCUUUAUCCAAACUA